AUGUUCUUCAGCCUCGCAAACGGCGACACCAUCACCGGCCAAAACUCCAUCUCCCACCCUUCCAUAUCCACAGCCCUGGUAUCGGGAGGUGCACCAAUAAUCGAUGAGACCGAACAGCACGAUCGAAUCGAAGACGCCAAUUUACCCGGAUCUUUACCGACUCUUCGAAAGCAGUAUAUCACUUUCUCCAAAGCGGAUGAAGAGGAGCUGCCAGCCAGAAUUGAAAGGCUCUGGUAUAUCAACCCCUAUGGCCAGGAGAUCCGGCUUUCCGCCAACCCAACGGUUCUCAAUGCAUUGAACGAUGCGCAGGCUGUUAUAUACAGCAUCGGCUCGCUCUACACAUCCAUCAUCCCUUCAUUGGUUCUCAAAGGUAUCGGCGAAGCCAUCAGCAACCCCGCGAUCCGCUACAAAAUCCUCAUCCUAAACUCAACCAUCGAUCGCGAGACCGGACCGUCAUCCAACCCAUACUCCGCCCUUGACUUCAUAGCCGCUAUCGCCAAGGCAUGUGAGGACUCCAAGAGCGUGUUUGGGCCUCUGGAUAAGAGUCAGUACAAAAAAUACGUCACGCACAUCAUCCAUCUCCAAGGGCCAGGGACGCCGGCAGUCGACCGGGACGAGCUCAAGAGCAUUGGCAUUGAACCUAUUCGCGUCUAUGGGAAGAAACAUGAGGGCGAGAAUUUCGUUAGGUAUGAUGGCACGGCUUUGAUCCAGGCGCUUGAAGUUACGAUGGGGAAGAGGGAUCCCAGGAUGCCUAGUCGACGGAACACGUUGGAGGGGCCGGCGAGGUGA